UUAGGUGGAGAUAUGGCUUCGAUAGCGAGUGUAUAGCGCGCGUUCUUUGGCUCACUCGUCUCAGUACUCGUUGAAUUCUUGCUCAUGCGUUUCAGUAGUGUCGACAUGUUGGCUGCUGUCAGCCGCAGCUCGGGCGAGCGCGACGAAGUAUCUGCUACAUCCGUCGAAACUGGUCGAGAGGAUACACGAUACCUGGCCGACGAUGUGGACCCGCUACGCCCUCUGCUAUCUGCCGUCUUGGUUGACGUGCUGUCGGCGGACGCGGCGUUGAAGAACUCCGCCUCCUGUGGCAUCCUCGUCUUGCCAGCCGCCGCACGUUUAUUGAGCGUCGAUAGACCUCACAACAUGCAUCGCCCGAGCUUCGCAAGGGGUCUCGACUCAGGAACGGAGGGUCAUCCGUAGUAACUGCCAUACCGUCACUUGAAUAUUUUUCACGAACCUAAAGAUGUCAAACGAAUACAAGAACGCACUACAAAUGCAAUUACC